UCGCAUCGUAAGUUCGAAGCCCCCCGUCAUGGGUCCAUGGGCUUCUACCCGAAGAAGCGAUCACAACGCCACCGUGGCAAAGUGAAGGCCUUUCCUAAAGAUGACCCGUCGCAGCCCGUUCAUCUGACCGCUUUCAUUGCUUACAAAGCCGGUAUGACCCACAUCCUGAGAGAAGCAGAUCGACCGGGAUCAAAAAUACACAAGAAGGAAGUCGUGGAAGCUGUUACCAUCCUGGAAGCACCUCCCAUGGUCGUCGUCGGUAUCACCGGAUAUAUCGAGACACCUCGUGGCAUCCGUGCAUUGAAGACAGUCUGGGCUGAACACAUCGGCGAAGACUGCCGUCGACGCUAUUAUAAGAACUGGUAUCGUUCCAAGAAGAAGGCGUUCACCAAGACUUGCAAGAAGUGGGCCGAUAAGGACGGAAAGGAACAGAUCGAUCGUGAUUUGCGUAUCAUGAAAAAGUACUGCUCCUCCAUCCGUGUCAUCGCUCAUACUCAGAUGAAGUUGCUGAAGAAGCGUCAAAAGAAGUCGCACAUCAUGGAGAUCCAGUUGAACGGUGGAACCAUCUCUCAGAAAGUGGAAUGGGCUCGUUCUCACUUGGAAAAGCAAAUCCCUGUGAGCUCCGUAUUCUCUCAGGACGAGAUGAUCGAUUGCAUUGGUGUCACCAAGGGUAAAGGUUACAAGGGUGUGACUUCGCGUUGGCACACGAAGAAGCUGCCCAGGAAGACGCAUAAGGGUCUCCGAAAGGUUGCUUGUAUUGGUGCUUGGCAUCCUUCCCGUGUCCAGUUCACUGUUGCUCGAGCUGGUCAGAAGGGUUACCAUCACCGUACUGAGAUCAACAAGAAGAUCUACCGUAUCGGGUUGGGAGUCCACAAGAAGGAGGGAAAGCUCGUCAAGAACAAUGCCUCAACCGAGUACGACCUGACACAGAAGUCGAUCACCCCGAUGGGUGGGUUCCCUCACUACGGUGAAGUCAACUGCGAUUUCCUGAUGAUCAAGGGUUGCUGUAUGGGUCCGAAGAAGCGGGUCAUCACCUUGCGCAAGUCCCUGAAGACUCACGUGAAGCGAGUGGCGUUGGAGAAGAUCAACCUCAAGUUCAUCGACACGUCAUCCAAGUUCGGCCAUGGUCGGUUCCAGACGCCGCAAGACAAGCUUACCUUCAUGGGUCCGUUGAAGAAAGAUCGUCUGAAGGCGGAAGCUGCUGCUGGAGCAACUGCUGGCACAGCUUAA